GAUUGGACCGUUGCCUCUUUUUUUGCUAUCAGCUACCGUUAACUGAGGUUAACAUGAAAGACUCGUUACAGCCAGGUUUUGAUUUUUAGCUAGCUAGUAAUAGGAAACUUGUAUUUCCUCAAAAUCUAACAUAAAAUUAAUGGUUACCGUUUAUUUACCUAAAUCUAAGACGUAACGUGUAAAGCUCUGAUGAAGCCGUUUUAGCAACAUUUUCAUUAAGUUAGCUGCUAGUGCUAGCUGCCUUCUAUGCAAGGCAUGCAUUUAUCUUUUAACAGACGCUAAAAUAGGCUACACAAUUCACUGAAAUAGAUUGAAAUAGCUAAAUUUUUAAAAAGUUGACGCAAAUCUGAACAAUUAGUUAUUUGAUACAUUUGCGUUAUCAGUGAUAUAAUCAAGUAAUUUAACAAACCCAGUUUCAAUCUGUGCUAGCUUGAAAAGGACAUGGAACAGCAUUUGUUUGAGAAGCCAUCCUCACCUCUGUUUCAGUCCACACCAAAAAGUGUCAAUCCUCACCAACGGUCAUCAUUAAAGGAUGCAGAUGGAAUGGUCCAAGGCUCUUCAGAGCAAAUACCAUUGAUGACUUUGGAUGACAGUGAUGAACCACAGAUUGAAGACUCUGGCAUUGGAGCUUCCACCUUGUCCUGCAGUUCGUCAACGGAAAUAGAAGAUAUUUGCUCCUUUCCUCUGAACAAGACUAUCAAUGAGAUUGGGAAGAAAGCUCAAGACCUUAUAGAGAGAAUCAAUCACAGCCGUGCCAUGGAUCAGAAAGUCAUAGCCAACUUUGAGGACACACUGAUGAAGAAGGUGAGGGAGACAUGUCAGGAGUUGAAGGAUAACCUCUUCAGUCACUACGAGGAGCAGAGUCAUGGCAUGGAGGCCCGGCUGCAGGAGCUGUCCAAGGUGUUAGGGAGGAGCAGCCAGCUCAGCGUGGAGCUUCAGGGUGCCAGUCAAGUUUUGGUUUCCAUCAAUAAGGGUCUCCAGCAGACCCCUGAGCAGUAGACGUACAAGAUGGGAUGCCAUGUUUAGAUGUUAUGUUUUAAUAGAAACCUGCUCAUUCCAAAUAUGUCAGGCUGUCUUUACUGCACAUUGUGCGUGCUUUGUUCAAAUGUAUUUUAGUUGUUCACGUUUCACUUAAAUUUCAGAGAAAGUACUGGGGAUUAUCUUUUAAAAAUUCAGAUUUUAAGGUUUUCUGAAUAUUGUGGUAACUGUAUAGAAUAAAAAUUGUUUUGGUUAAUUAAAGUGACUUGAAUGU